AUGCAAGUAUUCAGCAGCAGCAAAACAGCAGACAGCGUCUACAGGCAUACAGCUCCUUCUACAUAUGAGGUUGAGCACCAGCAGCACCAGCAGGAACAGCAGCAGCAGCAGCAGCAGCAGCAGCAGCAGCAGCAGCAGCAAGAGCAUUCUACUUUUUGCAUUUCUAACAGCAGCAGCAACAGCAGCAACAGCAGCAGCAACAGCAGCACCAACAGCAGCAGCAGCAACAGCAGCAGCCCUUCCAGCGCAGCAACAACUCCUUUCCAGCAGCAGCAGCAGAAUCAUCAGCAGGAUGAACCCGCGCAGCAGCAGGAACAGCAGGUGCAGCAGGAAGUGCAGCAGGAAGUGCAGCAGCAAGUGCAGCAGCGACCCCGACGCCUUGCCCCUCAAGAAUGCAAGACAUAUGUUUAUACAAGCCCUGACCAAACUCCAGCAGAGAUGAAUGACAGAGGAAGCUGCCCUACAGGAGGAGGCAGCAGAGCGUUCUUAUUAGAUACAUCUCCAGAAGGAUCAGGUGUCCCUUCAUUAAUUGAAGUGUCUCCUGUUCAAUCUCAGCAUUAUGCAUGCAGAUUAGGAAGACCUUGCAGUUUAAUUGUUGCUGGGUUCGGGCUUCAAGCUAGAGACAGCAUUGUUGUUUUAAAAGGACGAGAAGAAUGCCCUCCGCCAUCCCUUCAAAACGCAAAAGUUGUUUACAGCAGCAGACAUAUCAACAGCUCUGCUGCUGCAACAUUUAAUAUUCAGAUACGCCCUCAACAAACUAAUACUCAGCUACCUGUCUUUGAGCUAGGACCUAUACAAGCUAACCUCUUUACUAUUUGCUAUGCACCUUACUUAGCUUCCAAAGGAGACAGCCCAUCUGCAAAAGAAUAUCAUUAUAAAGCAGGCAUCCUUAAUGUUGGCGAUGAGCUUUUGGAGUGCGAUUUUGAAGAGGGGAUGUGCGGUUUAAUGUCUUUUGUUGUAGACCCUCGUUUAAGUCUGCAGUGGAGACGAAAUUCAGGUGCAACAGAGACAGCAGGUACAGGGCCUUCAUUUGAUCAUACAUACGGUAGAAGAGAAGAUGGUGAUAAUGAAGCUCUAGGCGAUUGGGGUAAGCCUUAUUUACUUCGUGUAGGCGAUCAUGGAGACGACUGGCUUGAAGGAGGCUUUGAAUUUUCUUCAGAUGGUUAUACAGCACAACAACUUGUAAUAGAAGCACUUGCUGGAUUUGGAGAGAAGAGUGAUAUUGCAAUAGAUGAUAUAAGAAUUAUAUCGGGGAAAUGUCCUGAACAAAUACUAAGAGAUGUCUUACAACAAGAAUUCAUAUGUGGUGAAGUAAGACUUAUUACAGGAGAUUAUGCUGAAGAUAAACAAUGGUUUGUUGAAGGUGCUGUCUCUUGUGCAGGAAAAGGCUAUUCAAUUAGUAGCAUGCAGAGAAGAUGGGUUCCUUGCUGUGUACCUCGAUAUGGUAAUUAUACUGUUGUUCUUCGAGAUAAAUAUGGUGACGGGUGGAAUAAGUCUCGAUUAGAGUUUCGUUUCUUUGGAGAUCAUGUAACAUUUGGAGAAGAUUUUGAUGGUGCUGAAAAAAAAUAUAAAUUAAAUAUAGGUCUUGUGCAAAUUCAAAGAGUAGAAGGCUCUGAAGAAAGAAUAGGAUUUCAAAUACAAGUUGCUGAACCCCGCAUGCAUGUAUGGUGUGGGGCUGCACAAGCAGGUACACCACCACCUACUGUUGAGGUCCUUAAAAGAUAUGGGAUCCGAUCCCAGAACCCCACAAGUCAUGCAGGAGAAGUACUUCGUAUGGAGAUUGCAAACAAACCAAACAGCAGAAGAGUUGUUCAUCCUAAUACCACAUAUAAUGUCUAUUGUUAUGCAGAGGCAUCCACAGCAAGUCUACAAAACGCAGCAGCAGCAGGUGGUGCAGCAGCAGCAGCAGCAGCAGCAGCAGCACAAGGACAGCAUAUGGAUGAUGCACAAGUUGCUGCCUCUCGUAUGGCUGUUACCACUGACAGCACUCCACCUCAGCUGUCUAUACAGGGAUCUGAAUCUCAUUUAAAUGAAGUUGUUGUUCGUCUAGCUACAGACGAGCCUGCAACGGUUUGGUGUUUAGCAAGAGAUACAAAAAAAGAAGCAGAAGCAGGUGCAGAAGAAACCCCUGCAGUUGCAGAGAUAAAGAAAGGAAAUAAAAUUCAAAUUUUAGAAGGAGAAGAAGGUGUAUGGCAUACACUUACUCUAAGUGGGCUUCAUCCAGAUACACAAUAUAAUGUUUAUUGUUAUACACAAGAUACAGCACUUCCUAAAGGUAAUGGUAUAAGCCUUCAAAAGGUAAAAGAUCUUGUAUUUUCUGCUGAAACACAAAGUAAAGUUCCUGAUCUAUCUAUAGUAUCUUAUAAAGCUUUUCAAAAAGGAUUUCGUGUUACUGUUCAAACAGAUACACCUGCUAAAGUUUGGUGUGGUGCUGCUAUGGCUGGAAGUGCAUUUCCUAGUAGAGAAGAUGUACGUAGAGUAGGUGCAACAGCAGAUAUAGAAGAAGCAGGUAAGAAGACAGAGCUUGAAAUUCGCGGGGUACCACCUAAUACUCGAUAUACUAUUUAUUGUUUCGCAACUUCAAGAGGAGGAAGUGCAGAAAUGACAGAUGCACAGAUGUGGAAGAAAGCUCUUGAAGUAACAUCAUUUGGCCGUUUCUGUGAUAUGCCUGUUGAACCCCCUGAAUUAGAAGUAGCAGAUAAACCGACAUUGUUUGAUCCUUUGACAUCAACUGAAGAAUUCCUCGUGCGUGAAUUCAUGAAUAAACAAAGACAGCUCAAUAUUGAAGGUAUUUACCGCAUUAAUCUCUUCAUAGAUAAACCCAAAAUCAUUGAACACCUCGAUAAAGGUGCUCCUCCUCCUAAGCGCUUCGCUCGUGUUCGUGUUGGUACAUGUGUAGAAAGAGAAGGUGCUUAUAGACAAUAUAAAGUCGGGCCGUUAGAUGUACGCAGUGCAGAUCAAAUGAAACUGGAACCUAUUGGAGCUGUUGUUCCUACAGAUUGUGGUGGGUAUAACCCUCAAGGUGUAUUUGGUAGAAGACUUUUUGCAGAAGAAGAAGAACAACAGCUUGCAGAUAUUUUACAACAAUCUUUUGGAUAUGGAUUUGGAAAAGAUAAAUGCCAAUUUGAAUAUAAAAAGCCUCACCAUGAGCAUCAAGAUGGGUGCUUAGAGUUCGGCCCUAUGUUAUAUGAAGAAGGAGAAGAUAAAAAGAUCAAAACUGUAUGGGCAGGUCUACGUACACCCCAAGGAGAUAAAGUGCCCUUCUAUUUCUUAUUACCUGCACCUGAAGGAGUAGAUCUAAAGACAUUACAACAACAAGAAGAAAGAGAAGAAUUAGCUUUCAAAUUAGAUAAAGUUAUAGGGUAUU